UCUCUGGUCAUGUUUUUCCCUGUGGUUUAUUUUCUGCCAGGCUUAAGAGCUGAAUGGGUUUUCCAGAGCAGUCCGAUGAGCAGCAGCAAUGGCACAAAGUAAGCAGCAGAAGCUUAUAUUCCAGGAUGAGGACAGGGAGAAUGGAGCACACUGUUGCCCUGUGAAUAGUGAUAAAUGGUUAGGUUGGUUCAAGCUGUUUAAUGGAACUGCACCCUAGCUAGCCCCCAGGAAGGUGAUUCAUGGCAGGGGACGUGGAAGGGUUUAGUUCCUCCAUCCAUGACACCAGUGUCUCUGCUGGAUUCAGAGCACUGUAUGAGGAGGGAUUGCUUCUUGAUGUCACACUUGUCAUUGAAGACCACCAAUUUCAGGCCCAUAAAGCACUGCUUGCCACCCAGAGUGAUUACUUCAGGAUUAUGUUCACAGCUGACAUGCGGGAACGAGAUCAGGACAAAAUCCAUUUGAAAGGUCUGACAGCUACAGGCUUCAGUCAUGUCCUCCAGUUCAUGUACUAUGGAACUAUUGAACUGAGUAUGAACACUGUUCAUGAAAUCCUUCAGGCUGCCAUGUAUGUCCAGCUUAUAGAGGUGGUAAAAUUUUGCUGCUCUUUUCUCUUAGCUAAGAUCUGCUUAGAGAACUGUGCAGAAAUUAUGAGACUUCUGGAUGAUUUUGGUGUAAACAUCGAAGGAGUCAGGGAAAAAUUGGACUCCUUUCUGCUAGAGAAUUUUGUGCCGCUCAUGUCCAGACCUGACUUCCUUUCAUAUCUGAGCUUUGAGAAGCUCAUGUCUUACUUGGAUAAUGAUCAUCUGAGCAGGUUUCCAGAGAUAGAGCUGUAUGAAGCUGUUCAGGCCUGGCUGCGCCAUGAUAGAAGACGCUGGAGGCAUACGGACACCAUCAUUCAGAACAUCAGGUUUUGUUUGAUGACACCAUCCAGUGUUUUUGAGAAGGUAAAAACAUCAGAGUUUUAUCGAUACUCCCGGCAGCUGCGACAUGAGGUUGACCAAGCCAUGAAUUACUUUCAUAGCGUUCACCAACAGCCUUUGAUGGAAAUGAAAUCGAACAAAAUUCGUUCUGCCAAACCCCAGACUGCUGUAUUUAGAGGAAUGAUAGGACACAGUAUGGUAAACAGUAAAAUUCUUCUCUUGCACAAACCAAGGGUCUGGUGGGAACUCGAGGGUCCUCAAGUACCUUUACGACCAGACUGCCUUGCCAUUGUGAAUAACUUUGUGUUCCUAUUAGGUGGGGAAGAACUGGGGCCAGACGGUGAGUUUCAUGCUUCAUCCAAAGUGUUUAGAUAUGACCCAAGACAGAACACUUGGUUACGAAUGGCAGACAUGUCUGUCCCACGGUCUGAGUUUGCUGUUGGAGUUAUUGGGAGGUAUGUUUACGCAGUGGCUGGGAGAACCAGGGACGAAACGUUUUACUCAACCGAACGGUAUGAUAUUACUGAAGAUAAAUGGGAGUUUGUGGAUCCCUACCCAGUCAAUAAGUACGGACAUGAAGGGACUGUGCUUGGUAACAAGCUGUAUAUCACUGGUGGAAUUACAUCAUCUUCAACCUCUAAGCAAGUGUGCGUAUUUGAUCCCAGUAAAGAAGGGACAGUAGAGCAGCGAACAAGGAGAACUCAAGUAGUCACUAACUGUUGGGAGAACAAGUGCAAAAUGAAUUACGCAAGAUGCUUUCACAAAAUGAUUUCUUAUAAUGGUAAGCUGUAUGUCUUUGGGGGUGUCUGCGUGAUUCUAAGGGCCUCCUUUGAAUCUCAAGGGUGUCCAUCCACAGAAGUUUACGACCCAGAUACCGAUCAGUGGACUAUAUUAGCUUCUAUGCCGAUUGGUAGGAGUGGUCAUGGUGUAGCUGUUCUGGACAAACAGAUAAUGGUUCUUGGAGGCCUUUGUUACAAUGGUCAUUACAGUGAUUCGAUUCUCACCUUUGAUCCAGAGGAAAACAAAUGGAAAGAAGAUGAAUACCCGAGGAUGCCGUGUAAGCUGGAUGGCUUACAAGUCUGCAGCUUGCACUUUCCUGAAUAUGUUUUGGAGCAUGUUAGACGUUGCAGCUAAGAACGAACGAACAAGCCAGUGAAAUUUGAAAAGCUGAACUCCUUUGUCAGAAAAUACAAACCAGUUGAAUUCCUUCAGAGACGUUAGCUUGUCUGUAUGGACAACUGCUAAAUGCUUCAGAGAAACGGGAUGUACAGGGAAAGUACUUACCAAGUUUAUUAGAAAAGUCAAUAGUUGGUCUGAUAUUGUAAAAGCUUUGUUUUUUUAACAAACAUAAUUGUAAGUAGGAGAAAGAAAAAUAUAUUUUUGGGUGUGUUUACUUUUUUUGAUAGCAUUUCAUGUCCGUAAUACAUUAUUUUUUUCUUCUAUGGCCAUGAUACCACACUGCUUCUGAAAUCAAUUGAAUUUAACAAAAUAUUUGUGGACGGAAGAGAAAAAAAGACUUUAUUCUCAUUUUUUUAUUGAGCAUCAAAGUAAAACUCAUUAGCUAUACUAGGGUACAACCAGGUUUAAAAGAAGAAAACUAAACCAUUUUUGUGUUUUAUGUUGUCUUUGGGUGCUUUUCCCAUUAAUUGCAAAGUAUUCUCAAAUCUGCUAGGUGUUUCUGUUUUCCCUUAAAUACUUUGAAGAAUAAUCCUGACCCCUUUGCAUGGCUUUUUUUCCUGGUUUUGUAUAGUAGUACCGGUGAGUCUGCCAAAAUGCAAUUUACACAUUUUCUACAAAAUUGAAAAUGGAACUUAUUUUUAUUCAAAACACUACUUCUGUGCUGCCUUCUAUUGUCUGCAUUGUGUUUGUUGGUGAGUUAGAUAUACACACACACACAUGCAUACACUGUAAAAAAAAACCUUUUCAUGUGCAGCUAUAAUAUAUUUUAACUAGUGCACAGAGUCAGCAAUAUCUGUUGAAUUUAAGGUAUAGUAUUUUCCAUUCAUGAACUACAUAAUACAAAGUUCUUAAGUAACUGGAGGCCUCAUCUGGUAUCAAAUUCUCUUUAGUGUAUACUGAUUGAUUCAGUAACUUUAAAACCUUGACAUUGAUUCUACAUAAUGAACUGUUAAUAAUUUGUUAUUUUAUAAAUUAUUUUUUAAAAGUAAACAUACCUUACCUGAGUUUCUUUUAUGUGUGAAUGUGCUGCCCAGUCAUCGUUUUUAUGAAAAUGGAAAAUGUAAGUAAGCAAAUGCUCGUCGGCACGUCUUUGACCCAUGGUUAUUUUUGGAACUGGAUGUACUAUAGUUUAUUCUCAGCAGUGACUUCGCCUGUACUCACAUUGGACUGGUAUAAUCUUUUAUUAUUAUUAAUUUUUUAAUUAUCAGCUGCUGUGAACUACUGUGUUUUAAAAACGUGGAGCCUCGGUGGUUGGAUGGUUGGUUCCAUUUAUGUUUCUUUUACAAAAAACAACAAAACAACCUUCACACCUACAGCUACUGACCUCAGCGUGCCUGAACUGAGUGAGAUGUGUGGUCCAAGCGGGCUUUUAAAAACUCAGUUGUGUUAACUUGCAGAUAUUCUAACACUAAAUUAUUAAGAAUCGUCUGCCAAGGCAUAAAUAAUGAUGAGUAAUUAUUUAAUCCUCAUUUUCUUUAAUUAUGUGAAAGUAGUCACUUCGAGAAUCCGAAGGAGAAAUGUGUGGAAGUCAGAGGCUUAGUUCAGACAUGUUGGGGCAAAAUGCUGAAACACACACCUGCAUAUUUUGUAAAAUCUUAUACUACUGGGUUUUUCUUUAAGCAAGAGACUCUACUUCAUAUGCAGCAAUGCAAGUCCACUUUAUUCAGCAUCUUCCAGUCAGAAAUCACUGUAGAAAAGGAAUGUACUGUACUCAGGGAGUUCAAAAGAAUGCACUUACAGAGGGACCAAAAUCGCACAAAAUGUCCUGCGUUAAAAAUAACACCUUAUUGCCAAAACUAAAUUUGAAAUCAUCAAUAGAAGUUAAAGCAAUGUGUAAAACUCCUCAUCCAUAUAUUUAACGAUACCUUUGUAGCAGUUAUGUUGGGUGCAGGUGUGAGGAUUUGGAGCUACGUGACAAGUCAGCAGGAUCUUUUCAGUAAAAAUGUUUAACUGAUUGAGUAUUUUUUUUCCAUAAGUUUUAACAGAAAGAGAGAACGUAUGCCAUUAUAGCUGUGGUGAUAAGUUACCUAUGCCGGUAGUGUCUGGACCAAAUAUCGAUAUUCAGCCCUCUGAUGCAGACUGGGGUUUGCAGUUAUAUUUAAUUCUUUACUGAGUAAGAAAUAUAAUUUAAUUAAUAGUUUAACUUAAAGCAAACCUGGUUUACACUAAAACCUCAGUUUCACUGUGAGACGUCCAUGUACAUCGCUCCGUGUGGGAGCAGAGAUACCUGAUUCCAGGAGGUGCUGGCUGUGUGCAAGUAAAAAGGUCCUGCUGUACCUAUCUCAUAGGAUAUUAGGGCACAAGAAAAAAAUACUUUUUUCUUUUUUUUCUUUUUCUUUUCUUUUUUUUUUCUACUGUUCAUAGUCUUUUUGCUACCAGCUCCUUUCUGAAGUGCAUGGGGCAGCAAAAACCUAAUCCUGCUCAAGUAAGCUUAAACGGGCAUAAUGAGCACGGAGUACUUUACCUGUCAGUCUGGGGAAUGGAUGUGGUUCUGGAAACCUGGUCUUCCAUGUUUCAGGUGUAGUAAAUGCUUAUGGCAAAGACUCGAUUAAAAAUAAGGAUGGAGGUGUCCCAAAUAAAGUUUUCAGCUCUGCAUUUAAGUACCUCUUUAGUUUUGUGGGCUAAGCAACUGCCAGUGAAGUCAUUGGUGAGUAUCGACACCGAUGUGAACAACCAGAUGACUUUUAGGUGCUCUGCUUUGAAGCAGAUACAGUUUUUAGAUGCCCUGUCCUGAAACACCUUUUUCGGGAUUGUAACAUGGAUUAUUCCAUAAAAUUUCAAAACUCAUAUUGAGGGUUUCAGCUUCCCUGAAGUUGUGUGUCUGUUGAGAAGCUGGCUGUAAUCUUUGAGCAUUAGGAAUGACUGGAAUUUGCUUGGGUUUAGAACGUGUGGGGGUAUGUGAGAAUGUUAUGUUAAUUUUGUUAACAUUUCUACCAUGGUUUUAUUGUUUCAAACGCAAAAUAUAAAAUUAGCUUACAUUCUUUUUUUCCACUGCAGUGGGAACUUUUGAGCCAGUUGUUUUUGUUACGUCCUGUCUCAGAGAAAGAUCUUAUUGAAAGUUUCUGUUUGUAUUUUCUUUUAGUAUUUAGCUCCAGAUCAUUUAGUGUUUAAAGAAAAACAAAAUUAGUAUGGCUAAAAAGAAUUGCUUAUUACUAUCAAAUUUUAAGCAUUAUGAGUAGGUUAAUAUAAGGAGGGUUUUAAGACCAUCUAAACGCCUCUCAUUCAUCAAGGGAAAGGUAAGUUACAAUGUUUGGUUAGUAAGUUUGGGAGGUUCUUCUAUUUCCACCCCGCCCUUAAAAGAAUACCAGCAAAUCUGAUCUUACCUAAGUACUUAAAACUUAAUGUAUCACCUCCUUUUAAAUAGCAAGUGUACUUGCCUUUAAUUUAAAAGGUGGACAUAGUGAGUUACAGUCGAGUUGAUUCACAUUUAUACCAAAAUGUAUCAGCUUCUUGUCUUAAUGUAGCACCUAGCUCCAGGAAGAAGGUUUGUUUCCAGUUGAGCCAGAAGGGACAAAAUGUGUAGUGCUUCUGUAAGGUGGUUAAACACUGCCAGUUGCCAUUCAGCGUCCUGCUAUAUCUGUUCUUAUGGGACAGAUAGCUCUUUUCAAAGUACCACAUAAGGAAGAAAUAGCUCAUUUUUUCCGCACAAAAUGUUGGCAGUAGGUUCAUAGUGGGAGGUAUGAGGUGGGGAAGAAACCCUUCUGAAAUUCUUUCCUCACUGAUCCAACCGGAGGAAGGCAGUACUUGAUUUCACAAAGGGUCAGUGCUAUUUCAGAAAGCAUCGCUAGCAAGAAGGGCUAGCAGCAGCAUAUCAGGUACCUGACAACCUGCUUUUGUGUUACCCUCUUCUGAAACAUGUGGAUGCCCUGCUUUCUGCAGUAUGACGGCAGUCCUGCUGUACCUAGUUCUAAGGGGUUGUGACUUUAAUGUUGUGCUGCUCUCUGAGGCUUGCAGCCAUUUUCUCUUAUGGACCUCCUGCCUUACAAACACAAGUGCUGCCUUUUUUCCUGCUGAUAACACAAUAUUUGCAUCAGGGAUGAAGCACUGACGCUCAGGAAGCAAAGGAUAAAAUUCAGCAGGCACGAAUUAUAAGAAGUUUAAAAAGAAAAACAUUGCUUAACUCAUUAUGUCCAUUCUUUUGCAAAAUGAAGGCAAGCAUUACGGGGAGAUGCUAAUGGCUCUUUAAAAAUCAACUUCAAGCUUCUGUCAGUUUUGUAAGUGGCAGUCUUUUUAGAAGUAAUCAGGUUUGUAGAGGUGUUUAGCCUUUUUAAUGUCAUUUUUCCAUACAAAACUAAAGUAGUGAAUUGGGCCCCUCAUUCUUUCAACACUUCAAAUGUGUUCUUCACGUAUGUGAACAGUCCAAUGCAAAGAAAACAGAACUGUAAGGUACUUAAAACAUAAGGACACAAAUGUUAUAAGCUGGGCUUAAGUAUUUACAGGGUUGGCUCACCAAAGAAAACAUCCGUGUUGUUCUUCAUUUAAUAGGAAAAAAAAACUGGUGAAGUUAACUUGAAUAAGCGUGGUCCAUCACCUGUGGCAGGGCUCACUGAAGGAAUAUGGGCAAGAACAUAACGGGAAAGUACGUGUAACUCAUUUAAAACAAAGCUUGCCGGUGUCCUGUAGCUAACUUGUUGGGGUUUUCAUGUUUGUAAAAACGAUCUGAAGCUGCUUAAAAUAAAUGCUAAUGCGUACUUUUGCAUCUCUAUUCUAUUUUUUCAAGUUGAUAAGGAACUUAGAAUUUCCCUUUGUACGGAUGAACUUCAUAAAAGCAUAGUCAAUGUGGCAGGUGGCAGAAAAACUGUUUUUUUUUUUUUUUUUUUUUUUUUUUUGUGUACAGCUUUACUGGAUUUCUAUUUUUUUUUCCACUUCCCAGAUUUCAAUUAAUGUUUAUAUAGUCUUUUAAAAUAGCUUUCAACGAUCAAAUAUCUUUGGAUUAAUGUUAAGUUGGUAGCUAGGGGAAAACCACUUCUGUUUGCAGACAGUAGUUUUUAUUUAUGGCUCCGGUAGAGAGCAUUGGUGUAAGUCCAGGAAAUACAGUGUUACGUAGGACUGUAAGGCCGUACUUAGGGGGCUUUUAUUACCUCAGUGGAACCCACCUAACUUUCAUGUCAGUCACGGGAACAGGUGGAGGGAAGAGUGAGCUACAUUUUUUAUUUUAAAUAUUUUUUCCCUAUAUAUUAUUUUUUUAGGUCUUUUGAAAAUAUAUUAUUAUAUGCUGAAGAAUGCAAUUCUGCUAUAGUAUCCCACUUGUUUCCAGUGUACAAUAUCAGAUUGUUUGUAUCGAAAGGAAUGUAUUUGAUAAGUAAACAGGAAAAGUUAUUUUCAGAGUCUGCCAUGUUUAUGUCUAGCAAUUGGAAAUACUUUUCCUAUAUAAAAUUAUAUAUAUAUAUGACCUCAUAUGUACAUUUGGAUUAACUGUCUAAUGACUACCCCAGGGCUGCUAUAAACUCUGAAUAAUUUAAGAAUUGCCUCUUUUAAACUGUUU